AAACUGACUCGGAUGUGGCCAUAGUACUAUCGCCCAUCUUUCUAACGACACCGAUGAGUCUCACGAUCGUGGCUGGCAAGUACUGCUGCCAGUGGCUGCGCUCGCAGCCGUCCAAACAUUCUCACUGAGCUAAAAUGCCACCGCCCCUGGGGUUGGUUGGGAUUCUCAUGGAGAAUUGUGGAGGCACUUGUUAUAACAGCACAACGGUACCGAGAGCGUCUGCACCGGUACAGGCAGAAGAGACCGGACGGUCAUCCCUUACCGAGUCCAGAAACGUCGUAGCCAAGUUAACCUGCGCGACACCCAUCAGAUUCCUGUGCAGUCGGCCUCGUGCAAUCCUGCGGGAACAACAAUUGCAAAAUAUAACUUGCUCCAAUCCAAACAGCUUGUGAUUCUGCUUAUCCCCACCCUCGUCCAACCCUACCGGCUCCCUUUUCCAUGCAGGGACGAUUGCUGACUGAAGAUGACUUGGAGAAGUACUUCGCAUGUGGAGAGUAUCCAUGGACAAGUCUCGUAGUACCGCCUUCUUCAGUCAGUCUCGAUUGGCAGCAGCCCCACUCUACUACAUUCGAUGUGGGAGGGCCCCCUCUCACAAGCCGAUGUUCCAGUGGAUCUCCCUCGCAUGACCAAUGGGUCUACAGAAUUCCCGAGAUUCAGCAACUACCAUCGGGAUCCAGGACGAAUCCUUCCUGUUGCACCCCAAUUCUUGGCCCAGAUCCGAUGUCAGAAGCAAACAUAUGGACGCGGAUGGUGACGCGCUCAUCAUUGAAGCGUUCUCGGCGGUUCAUGAGCUACGACAUGCAACAAGACGUUCUUAACGUCGUACGGAUUGAUGACUCAUUGAGUGCAGAGAGCGUGACAGUGGUGGAGAUGCCGAGUUCUCUGUUGAAGCCGGUAUCAUACAUCGGCAAUAAACCGCCAGAGAAAACAAUGGACACCUUUGAUGAAAAGUCAUUAAAGUCCAUCCAAUCCGACUCUACACAUUCCAUAGGUUGCGCUGCCGAAGCGAAAUCCGAGGGGAAGGGUAAAGGGAUCGAGAAGCGAAUCCCCUCUGAUACCUGCUUCCUAUCAAAGCUACGUCUAAACAAAGCAUGGAAUCGGCUGCGCUGCUGGACGACUACGGCACUCAAAGACAUGAAGAGUCGAACUGUGCGUUUAUCAUCAGCUACUCGGCCGAUAAGGCUGGCCGGCGGCUGCACGGAUCAACGUGAUAUUUGGAGAUACCCUCAAAGAAACGACGAUAGAGGACAACCUAAUUGAGCGAUAUAACUUACUAGAUGACGACAUAACGAACGCUCCUCAUAUCAGCGCCUGUGGACAUUCUACAUUUUGGGAGGAAUGGACUCAUAUUCUCAUGUUGAUCACAAACAAAUGUAUGAUAUUGGAUUUCGUAGCGAUAUAAGAUUGUACAUGUACCUC